AGGUGUUUUCCAUUGGACAGACGAGAGAGGGAACCGACCCGUAAAGAUCAGGCCAUCUUCUCUCUUAAUUCAAAGCCAACUCGAUUUUAAGGCUUCCUCAGAGUGAUAGAGGGAGAGAGACGAUCUUAAAAGGUGAGGCAUUCCUUUUUUGAUUCAGAGGCUUCUUCCUCUGAAUCAAGAAGGCGAGGCAUUCCAAAAAUUUGAGGCAUUCCUUUCUCUUGAUUCAGAGGCUGUUUCCUUUUAAGGUUUUUCAGAGAGACAGAACGUGGAGAACCGAUCUUAACAAUGUGGAGCCAGGAAUCGAGCUCGGCGGGGCCGCAGACUCUGAUGAGGCGGCCCUCGACGAGGAGUGCGGCCAUGACCACAUUCAGUCAGGAGGUGUUCGACAACGAGGUGGUGCCUUCGUCCCUCGGCAGCAUCGCGCCCAUCCUCCGUGUCGCCACUGAGAUCGAAGCUGAACGCCCACGUGUCGGUUAUCUAUGCCGAUUUUAUGCUUUCGAGAAAGCACAUAGGUUGGAUAUGAGCUCAACCGGACGAGGCGUUCGUCAGUUCAAGACUUCAUUGCUUCAACGUUUAGAAAGGGACAAUGCACCGAGUCUUGCAGCAAGGAUAAAAAAAAGUGAUGCACGAGAGAUAGAGAGCUUUUACCAACAAUACUAUGAGCAUUAUGUUAGAGCUCUGGAUAGAGGAGAGCAGGCAGAUAGAGCUCAACUUGGAAAGGCCUACCAAACUGCUGGAGUGCUCUUUGAAGUGCUUUGUGCUGUUAACAAGACUGAAAAAGUCGAAGAAGUUGCUCCUGAGAUUAUUGCGGCUGCCAGAGAUGUCCAAGAAAAGACGGAAAUUUAUACCCCGUAUAAUAUUCUUCCUCUGGAUGCUGCUGGUGCUUCCCAAUCUAUUAUGCAACUUGAAGAGAUUAAAGCAGCAGUUGCUGCUUUGUGGAACACUCGUGGUUUGAAUUGGCCUGCCACAUUUGAACAGCACAGGCAGAAAUCUGGAGACCUAGAUCUUCUUGAUUGGCUGAGGGCUAUGUUCGGAUUUCAGAGGGACAAUGUCAGGAACCAGAGGGAGCAUUUGAUAUUAAUGCUUGCCAAUGUACAUAUACGACUGGUUCCGAAGCCUGAACCUCUUAACAAGUUGGAUGACCGCGCUGUAGAUUCAGUUAUGGGCAAGCUCUUCAAAAACUACAAAACCUGGUGCAAAUUCUUGGGACGUAAGCACAGUUUGCGGCUCUCACAAGGGCAACAAGAUGUGCAGCAGAGGAAGAUACUUUAUAUGGGUCUCUAUCUUCUGAUUUGGGGUGAAGCAGCAAAUGUUCGCUUUAUGCCAGAGUGCCUAUGCUACAUUUUUCAUAAUAUGGCAUAUGAACUUCAUGGUCUAUUGGCUGGAAAUGUCAGCAUUGUAACUGGGGAGAACAUUAAACCUUCUUAUGGUGGGGAAGACGAGUCUUUUCUGAGAAAAGUUGUAACCCCAGUGUACCGUGUAAUUGAAAAGGAAGCCAAGAAAAGCAAGAACGGAAGGGCCCCUCAUUCGGCUUGGUGUAACUAUGAUGAUUUAAAUGAGUAUUUCUGGUCUGCUGAUUGCUUCUCUCUGGGUUGGCCUAUGCGUGAUGAUGGUGAUUUCUUUAAAUCAACUUGUGAUUCUAGGUCUGCAUCUCAGGGAAGACAUGCAUCUCAAAAGAAACCAGAGAAAAGAACUGGGAAGUCAAAUUUUGUAGAAACCAGAACAUUUUGGCAUAUUUUUAGGAGUUUUGACCGUAUGUGGACGUUCUACAUACUGGCAUUACAGGCUAUGAUUAUAAUUGCAUGGCAUGGUGCUUCUCCUUUGGAUAUCAUGCAGAAAGACCUCUUGUAUCCUGUGUUAAGCAUCUUCAUCACAGCUGCUGUUCUACGCCUCCUCCAAAGCAUUUUGGACUUUGUGUUGAACUUCCCGGGUUAUCAUAGAUGGAAAUUCACUGAUGUGUUGAGAAAUGUGCUCAAGAUACUUCUUAGUCUUGCAUGGGUUGUCAUCCUACCCGUAUGCUAUAUGCAUUCCUGGAAAAAGCCGCCGAUUCUAGUGAAAGAUUUGAGAAUGUUGCUUCAUGAUACAUUGGGUGUGCCACCUUUGUAUAUCUUGGCUGUGUUGUUGUACUUGCUUCCAAAUAUUCUUGCUGGAAUAUUUUUUAUAUUUCCUAUGCUGCGACGUUGGAUAGAAAACUCAGAUUGGCACAUUAUAAGAUUUCUUCUAUGGUGGUCUCAGCCAAGAAUUUAUAUUGGAAGGGGGAUGCACGAGAGCCAGUUUGCACUUUUCAAGUACACUUUUUUCUGGGUGCUGCUUCUGUUUUGCAAAUUUGCAUGCAGCUAUUACAUCCAGAUAAAGCCUUUGGUGAAACCUACAAAAGACAUCAUGAAUGUUCGUCAUGUGCAAUAUACCUGGCAUGAGUUCUUCCCUAAUGCUCAACAUUAUAUUGGUGCUAUUGUCUCACUCUGGGCACCUGUAAUACUGGUUUACUUUAUGGAUACCCAAAUUUGGUAUGCGAUUUUCUCUACCCUAUAUGGUGGUGUUUCUGGAGCUUUUGGUCGUCUUGGCGAGAUACGCACCUUGGGCAUGCUGCGGUCAAGAUUCCAUUCUUUACCGGGUGCAUUUAAUUCAUAUUUGGUUCCUUCUGAAAAGAUUAGGAAUCGGGGAUUUUCUUUCUCGAAACGCUUUGUGGAGGUCUCUCCGGGCAGGAGAAUUGAGGCUGCAAGAUUUGCUCAGUUAUGGAAUGAAGUAAUAUGUAGUUUCCGCGAAGAAGACAUUAUAAGUGACAGGGAAAUGGAUCUCAUGUUGGUUCCAUAUUCGUGUGACCCAAGUUUGAAACUCAUUCAGUGGCCACCUUUCCUGUUGGCUAGCAAGAUACCUAUAGCCCUGGAUAUGGCAGCCCAAUUUCGGUCCAAAGAUUCUGAUCUUUGGAAGCGCAUCUGUGCUGAUGAAUAUAUGAAGUGUGCUGUGCUUGAAUGCUAUGAAUCAUUUAAACACGUCCUUAACAUUUUGGUGGUUGGAGACAAUGAGAAAAGGAUAAUUGGAAUUAUUAUUAAAGAAAUUGAGGUUAAUAUCUCAAAGAACAUAUUUCUAGCAAAUUUUAGAAUGGGUCCACUGCCUGCCCUUUGUAAGAAAUUUGUGGAGCUUGUAGAAAUCUUGAAAGAUGGUGAUCCCUCUAAGAGAGACAUGGUUGUGUUAUUGCUUCAAGACAUGUUAGAAGUCGUUACCCGUGAUAUGAUGGUGAAUGAGAUCCGUGAAUUGGUGGAACUUGGUCACGGUACCAAAGAUUCAGUUCCUGGAAAAUAUGACAUAGUUACAUCACAAACUGGUAGACAGCUUUUUGCCGGUACAGAUCCAAAGCCUGCUGUUCUAUUCCCUCCAGUUGUUACUGCACAAUGGGAAGAACAGAUCAAACGCCUUUACCUGCUUCUAACAGUGAAGGAGUCUGCUGUAGAGGUUCCUACUAAUCUUGAAGCUCGAAGGAGGAUUGCAUUCUUUGCAAAUUCUUUAUUUAUGGACAUGCCACGUGCUCCUCGAGUCCGUAAAAUGCUUUCAUUCAGUGUCAUGACUCCAUACUACAGUGAGGAGACGGUUUAUUCUAAAACUGACCUUGAGCUAGAAAAUGAAGAUGGUGUAUCAAUCAUUUUCUACCUGCAAAAGAUUUUCCCAGAUGAGUGGAACAAUUUCAUGGAGCGGCUUAACUGCAAACGAGAGAGUGAGGUGUGGAGUAAUGAAGAGAAUGUCUUGCAUCUUCGUCAUUGGGCCUCUCAACGAGGACAGACACUUAGCAGAACUGUUCGUGGAAUGAUGUACUAUAGAAGGGCUUUGAAGCUUCAGGCUUUCCUUGACAUGGCUUCUGAAAGUGAGAUCUUAGAAGGCUACAAGGCAGUUACGGAUCCUUCAGAGGAAGAAAAGAAGAGCCAAAGAUCACUAUCUGCUCAGCUAGAGGCUCUGGCUGAUAUGAAGUUUACGUAUGUUGCCACCUGCCAAAAUUAUGGCAACCAAAAGCAAUCUGGAGAUCGCCGUGCUACAGAUAUACUGAAUUUGAUGGUUAACCAUCCUUCUCUUCGUGUGGCAUAUAUUGAUGAAGUUGAGGAAAGAGAAGGUGGCCAAGUACAGAAGGUCUACUAUUCUGUUUUGGUUAAAGCUGUUGACAAUCUUGACCAGGAAAUCUACCGUAUAAAGUUGCCAGGAUCUGCAAAGAUAGGGGAAGGCAAGCCAGAAAAUCAAAACCAUGCAAUCGUUUUUACUCGUGGGGAAGCUCUUCAGACUAUUGACAUGAACCAGGAUAAUUACUUGGAAGAGGCUUUCAAAAUGCGGAAUCUCUUGGAAGAGUUCAAUGAAGAUCAUGGAGUUCGCUCGCCAACAAUUCUUGGUGUUCGGGAACACAUUUUCACAGGAAGUGUGUCAUCUUUGGCGUGGUUCAUGUCAAACCAGGAGACGAGUUUUGUCACUAUUGGUCAAAGGGUACUUGCAAACCCAUUGAAGGUCCGAUUCCACUAUGGUCAUCCAGAUGUGUUUGAUAGGAUCUUUCACAUUACGAGAGGUGGAAUCAGCAAAGCUUCCCGGGGAAUCAAUCUAAGUGAGGAUAUUUUUGCAGGUUUCAACUCCACACUGAGGCGGGGCAAUGUCACCCACCAUGAGUACAUCCAAGUUGGGAAAGGACGUGAUGUGGGUCUUAAUCAAAUCUCACUCUUUGAAGCAAAGGUAGCCUGUGGAAAUGGAGAGCAGAUACUGAGUAGAGACAUUUAUCGCUUGGGCCAUCGUUUUGAUAUGUUUCGCAUGCUAUCUUGUUACUUCACCACUGUUGGAUUUUAUGUCAGCUCCAUGUUGGUGGUCAUCAUUGUUUAUGUCUUCCUCUAUGGAAAAUUGUACUUAUCACUGAGCGGGCUGGAGAAGUCACUUGUGAAGGUGGCCAAGUCAAGGGGAAACAACCCACUAGAGGCAGCUUUGGCCUCACAGUCCCUUGUCCAAAUUGGAUUGCUUAUGUCACUGCCCAUGGUGAUGGAGAUUGGGCUAGAGAGAGGUUUCAGGACUGCUCUAAGUGACAUUGUGAUCAUGCAAUUGCAGCUUGCCGCUGUCUUCUUCACCUUCUCUCUAGGCACCAAGACGCACUAUUUUGGUCGCACAGUGCUUCAUGGAGGGGCCAAGUAUAGGGCAACUGGCCGUGGUUUCGUGGUGCGCCAUGAGAAGUUCACUGAGAACUACAGGCUCUAUUCGAGAAGUCACUUUGUUAAAGGACUUGAGCUUAUGGUCCUGCUUCUUGUGUACAUGAUCUAUGGAUCAGUGGCCACUGACUUCUCUUCUUAUGUGCUUCUCACUGUGUCGAUGUGGUUUCUGGUGGUUUCAUGGCUUUUUGCUCCAUUUUCGUUCAACCCAUCAGGAUUUGAGUGGCAAAAGAUUGUGGAGGAUUGGGAUGAUUGGACCAAGUGGAUUAGUAGCAGAGGGGGAAUUGGUGUGCCAGCAACCAAGAGUUGGGAGUCUUGGUGGGAUGAGGAGCAAGAGCAUCUGCAAUACACAGGGUUUAUGGGGCGACUUUGGGAGAUAGUCCUUUCGUUUCGCUUCUUCCUCUACCAGUAUGGCAUUGUGUACCACCUCCAUGUUUCCAAUGGAAACACCAGCAUAGUGGUGUAUGGUCUGUCUUGGCUCGUUAUUCUUGCUGUGAUGUUGAUCUUAAAGGUGGUAUCAAUGGGAAGGAAGAAGUUCAGUGCAGAUUUCCAGCUGAUGUUCAGGCUCCUUAAGCUGUUUCUAUUUAUUGGCUCAGUAGGAACCCUUGGGGUUCUGUUCGCCUUCCUUAACCUCACAGUUGGGGAUCUUUUUGCCAGCAUUUUGGCUUUCAUGCCAACAGGGUGGGCUAUAUUACAGAUUGCACAGGCAUGCAGGCCAGUGAUGAAGGCUUUCGGUCUAUGGGGCUCAGUGAAAGCCCUUGCAAGGGGUUAUGAGUACCUCAUGGGCCUCAUCAUCUUUACACCAGUUGUUGUUCUCGCAUGGUUCCCCUUUGUCUCAGAGUUCCAAACUAGGCUUCUAUUCAACCAAGCAUUCAGCAGAGGCCUCCAAAUUUCACGUAUUCUGUCCGGUGGGAAGAAGCAAAACUAAAAAAUCAUAUAGAAGAAUUUAGGUCUUCGAAAUGUCUUUUCUUUUUUCCUGUUUAUUAUUAGAUGGGAAAAGUCCAACCAGAAGGAAACCUGUGUAUUUUGAAAAGGAAGAUGCUGUUAAAUUGUAAAAUAGCGUUCUUUUUUGUAGAUUUGUGAAGCCAUUGUUCUCAGUUGAACAUUCCAUCUCUAUAUACGCAUACAUCACUUAUUAUUAUUUUACCAUGGAGUUUCUUUUUCCCCU